CUGCAGCCGGGCAGACAGAAAGCCUGCAGCCCGGCCUGCGCUGCGGUCCCCCGGAGGGAGCGCCGUUCUUCGCCCCUGCGCAACCGCAACCCGGACGUCGUCGGCAUGGAGUUGACAGAGGCUUUUCUCAAAUACCAGCUGCUCUGGCCACACAUGCAUUACUUCUUCGCCACUUUGUGUCUCGUUGCCUUCGUGUACAAAUUCACCGCCGUCCUCCUCAGACGGAAGGCUGUCCUGCGGAGCCUUGAAGCCUUUCCAGGACCGCCGGGACACUUUCUGUUUGGAAAUGUUUUGGAGUUUAAACAAGAUGGAACUGAUUUCUUCAAGGGGCUAAAGUGGGGGGAGCAGUAUCCCUAUGCUUUCCCUCUGUGGUUCGGCCCAAGUAUUUGUAUUCUCAACAUUCACCACCCUGAUUACGUAAAGACCUUACUGACAUCAACAGAGCCAAAGGAUGACUUUGCAUAUAAAUUUAUUGAGUCUUGGAUUGGAAAUGGCUUAUUGGUGUCAAAAGGUCAGAAAUGGUUUCGCCACCGAAGGCUCCUGACUCCAGGUUUCCAUUAUGAUGUUUUAAAACCGUAUGUGAAACUGAUGUCAGAGUCUGCCAAAACAAUGCUGGACAAAUGGGAAAGGUAUGCAACCACCGAAGAGACCUUUGAAGUGUUUGAGCACGUCAGCCUUAUGACACUUGAUAGCAUCCUGAAGUGUGCCUUCAGCUGCAACAGCAACUGUCAGACAGAGGGGGGAAGAAAUGCCUACAUCAAAGCGGUGUAUGAGCUCAGCUAUCUUAUUAACUUCCGGGUGAGGACGUUUCCAUACCACAGCGACCUCAUUUUCCACCUCAGCCCACAUGGUUUCAGAUACAGGAGAGCAUGCAAAGUGGCUCACAGUCAUACAGACGAGGUUAUCAAAAAGAGGAAAGAAGCACUAAAGGAAGAAACGGAGCUAGGCCGCAUACAGACCAAGAGGUACUUGGAUUUUCUGGACAUUCUUCUCUUUGCACGGGAUGAAAAGCAGCAGGGCCUGUCGGAUGAGGAUUUGCGAGCAGAAGUGGACACCUUCAUGUUCGAGGGGCACGACACCACAGCCAGCGGCCUCUCGUUCAUCUUCUACUGCUUGGCCUGCCACCCAGAGCACCAGAAGCUCUGCAGGGAUGAAGUUUGUCAAGCUUUGGAAGGCAAAGACACCAUCGAGUGGGAGGAUCUCCACAAAAUUCCAUACACGACGAUGUGCAUCAAAGAGUCGCUUCGUCUUUACCCGCCCGUGCCAGGAAUAUCCAGGCAGAUCACCAAACCCAUGACCUUCUUCGAUGGAAGAACAUUGCCCGCAGGCUCUCAUGUUGGAGUGAGCGUGUUUGCAACUCACAGAAACUCAACUGUCUGGGAGGACCCUAACGCCUUUGACCCACUGCGUUUCCUCCCAGAAAACGUCUCUAAGAGGUCGCCUCAUGCAUAUGUGCCUUUCUCCGCCGGACCAAGAAACUGCAUCGGCCAGACGUUUGCUAUGAAUGAGAUGAAGGUGGUGACGGCCCUCACGCUAAAGCGGUACCAGCUAAUGGAGGACCCCGAAAUUAAACCCAAAAUGGUUCCCAGGUUGGUUCUCCGCUCACUUAAUGGGAUCCAUGUCAAGAUUAAACCCGUGGAACCAGAUCUGUGAUGGAGAAAAAAGGUGUUAAAGUUAAAGGGAAACAAAUCCUGGCAUGGUGAUAACUCAGGUAGAUUAAAGUCUAGAUUUUUACACUAAUGCAUCCUAAUGAUGAAAUUUGUUGUGUUUUGUACCUCUUUUAGAACUUGAAAUGUAUAAACUUAUAACCAUAAAUGCAUUCUUCCGAGGGAUAUUUGCACUGUCUAUAUGAAAAUGUGACUAAAAACAUGUUGUGAUUGUAUCCAUUUUAUUUACAUGCUGUUUUUAAAUUAACACAGUCGAAAUCUGCAGCUAGAAAUGUAAGUUGUGUUUCUGUUGUUGGGACAAAAAUAAACUUUUUCGGAUGAAAAUAA